CAGGCGACAAUUGCAACUUCUUGCGCCUGGACAGGGCGUGAACCGCCGACCCCUCGGAUGAGAGGCCCACACGUUACCACUGUACUAUCCCGGAGGCUAUAUAAAAAAAAAGAGAGAAUAUGCUAUAUUGCCAGAAAGAUACGGGAAAAAGAGUCUGCUAUACUGCCUGAAAGGUUUAGGGGAAAAAAGAAGUCUGCUAUAUUGCCUGAAAGGUUCGGGAAAAAAGUCUGCUAUACUGCCUGAAAGGUUCGGGAAAAAGAGUGAUACUGCCUGAAAGGUUCAUGAAAAAAAGGUCUGUUAUAUUGCUUGAAAGGUUCAGGGAAAAAAAAGUCUACUGUCCGAAAGGUUCAGGAAAAAAGUAUACGCUACUGGCCGAAAGAUUUUAAGGAAAUACGUGCCCGGCGGAGCAGCAGCAGACGAAAUCCGGUGUUUGGCUCCCGAGCGGAUCUCACGGAAAAUGCUUAACUCCACAGCCUUAACGAUGAUGCCAAGAUGUUUCCAGCAAGGAUGUAGUUUAAAGUUUAAAGACUCAGAAGUUUGUCCUUUGAAUUUGAGACAAAUUACACAAAAUGGGAAUGUUUUCCCAACCAGAUAGUGUGCUCCAAGGUAUUUUUCGAAGAGCAAGCAAUAAAUCCUUGCCAAUGUUUCCACGUAAUUUCCGGUAUGGGUUUCAUAGAGAUAAGACUGAAGAAAGACCUAGAAUUGUUUCUCCAGUCAGUGGAACAGACAAACUGCAAGAUUGCAUAAGAAAUGAAGUGCCUGAGAUCAGCUGGCGUAGCAGUUAUGGGAGAUUAGAAGGAAGCCCAAAACAAGAGCCUUGCAGUAGCAAGAUGAUUAAAAAACAAACAGAUAAAGUGAAGCAUAGACAUAUGAAAGGAGGAGACUGGUCUAAAAAGCAUUUACACCAUAAAGAAAGAAAAAAAGGUCAAAGUAAGAUAUUAAAAGAUGACAUUAUUUAUGGAAUACACCCAGUUUACCUUGCUUUAUGUGCCCAGCGUCGAAAGAUUCACAAAUUAUAUUACAGAAAAGGUGUGGAAGCAAAUAACAGUAAAAUUGAUGAAAUACUAGAUCUGUGCCAUCAAAGAAAUGUUGAAAUGAAUGGAUUAGAACCAUCAGAAUUUGGCCAAUACCUAAAGAGUGACAAAGUACAUCAAGGCAUUUAUUGCAAAGCUAGUCGUCUUUUGAUAGAGGAGCUUGAAGAGGAGGAGAUCCUGGCAUCUAACUUGAUAAAUAAAACUGGUGAAGGUUUUGAAAUAGGAGAAAGAAAAAGAACAUCACUUUUAUGGCUUUAUCUUGACCAAAUUCAGGAUCCCAUGAACUUUGGAGCUAUUUUAAGAUCAGCUUACUACUUUGGGGUUGAUAAAAUAAUAACAUCUAAAGAACACAGUUGUCAGAUUACUGGUAAUGUUAGUAAAGCGAGUGCUGGAGUAGCAGAAUUGUUGACUGUUUAUCAAGUGGAGGAUGCUUCAAAACUUUUUGGCUUUCUUCGUAAAUCAAAAUGGAAUCUUCUAUCUACAGCUACUAGUUCUACAAUGCCUGUGCCCAUCAGAGAUUUUGAGGCAAAGGAAAAUACUUUGUUAGUUAUUGGUAAUGAGGGAAGAGGAGUUUCUCCACAUCUGGCAAGCCUCUGCACAAAUGCAAUUUUUGUGCCAUCAAGUAGGGAACUGCAACCUGGAGUGGAUUCCCUCAAUGUAUCUGUUGCAGCUGCCAUUAUCCUUCAUUCACUCAGAAAUAAGUUGAAUUGUGUGUGAGGCAGGUUACAGAUUUAUAUUUUAAUGCUUGAUAUUACACAUUAAGUAAGAUUUUGUACAGUUGCUAUUGCAAUGCAAAUAAUGCAAGUCUGUGAUUUCUACAUUGUUAGAAAAUAAAUAUUAUUUGCUCUUUU